AGCAUAAAGCAUAGCCUUAAAUAUCAAAGUUGAGUCUAGCACUUGCGGAUGGACUAUGUUUGCUGCUGAAGAAUUGUUACCAGCUUCUGGUUCAUACUUGGUGGGGCUUUGCAUUCCAAAACCCAAAUGGGGAACUCAUAUUUGGCACAUUUGGUGGUUUUGUUGAGUUUCUUGGGGAUGCUACUAACACCUUCCUCAUGUCAAGAUGAUUCGGAUGAAUAUGAUGCAACUACUGCUGUCUACAUUGUUACUCUCAAACAAGCCCCUACGUCUCACAAUCAGGAUGCGUUGACCAGAGUAAUUGGUCACCACUUCAGAAAUGGUGUUUCUAGGAGAAAUAGACAUCACAGAACAAGAAAUCAAAAUGUUUCACAGAUAGAUCGGAGGCCUGGCUCUAACAUUGCCAGAGUUCACGAUGCGUGGUUGAAAAAGGUGUUGAAAGGGGAGAAAUAUCUGAAGCUCUAUAGCUAUCAUUACUUGAUUAAUGGAUUUGCUGUGCUAAUUACUCAACAGCAGGCAGAGAAGCUCUCAAGGAGAAGAGCAGUGUCCAAUGUGGUUCUGGAUUUUUCUGUAAGAACUGCAACCACCUACACUCCACAAUUUUUAGGACUUCCACAGGGAGCUUGGCUUCAAUCAGGUUCAGGAGGAUUUGAAACUGCUGGUGAAGGAAUCACUAUUGCAUUUGUUGACACUGGCAUUGAUCCUACACACCCUAGUUUUGCUGAUGAUAGAUCUGAACAUCCAUUCCAUGUUCCUGCUCGUUUUUCUGGUACCUGUGAGGUUACUCGGGAUUUUCCAUCUGGUUCUUGCAAUGGGAAACUUGUUGGGGCCCGUCAUUUUGCAGAAUCUGCUAUAGCCAGAGGAGUGUUUGAUUCAACUCAGGACUAUGCUUCUCCUUUUGAUGGCGAUGGCCAUGGCACGCACACAGCUUCUGUUGCAGCUGGAAACCAUGGAAUCCCAGUGGUUGUUGCUGGGCAUCAUUUUGGAAAUGCUAGUGGGAUGGCUCCUCGUUCGCAUAUUGCUGUUUACAAGGCAUUAUACAAGAGACUGGGAGGAUUUGCUGCAGAUGUUGUUGCAGCUAUUGAUCAGGCAGCUCAGGAUGCUGUUGACAUAAUAUGCUUGUCAAUCGCUCCUAAUAGGCGUCCUCCUGAUAUUGCAACUUUCUUCAAUCCAAUAGACAUGGCAUUGCUCUCAGCUGUAAAAGCUGGUAUUUUUGUAGUGCAAGCUGCUGGAAAUACUGGACCAGGACCUUUGAGCAUGUCCUCCUUUAGUCCAUGGAUCUUUACCAUUGGUGCUGCCUCUCAUGACAGAGUUUAUAGCAACUCCCUAUCUCUUGGAAAUAAUUUGACCAUACUUGGAGUUGGACUUGCACCUGGCACAGAUGAGAACACAAUGUAUAAAUUGAUUUAUGCGCAACAUGCUUUGAUCAAUGGCACAACAGUUGCUGAUGACAUGUAUGUUGGUGAGUGUCAAGAUGCAAGUGAAUUGAAUAAGGGUUUGAUCCAGGGCAACCUCCUGAUCUGUAGUUAUUCAAUCAGAUUUGUUCUUGGGCUCUCCACUGUCCAACAGGCCUUAGAAACAGCAAUGAGCCUUAGUGCGGUUGGUGUUGUCUUUACCAUGGGCCCUUUAGUGGUUGAUUUUCAGCUUAACCCAGUUCCAAUGAAAAUGUCCAGCAUAAUAAUUCCAUCUGCAAAAGAUUCCAAGAUAUUACUAGAAUACUACAAUUCUUCACUGGAAAAAGAUGGGGCUUCAAAAGAAAUUGUUAAUUUUGGGGCUGUUGCUAGCAUUUGUGGUGGACUAGAAGCCAAUUAUAAUAAUGCUGCCCCAAAGGUUAUGUAUUACUCUGCCAGAGGACCAGAUCCAGUGGACAGUUUUCCACACGAAGCUGAUAUUAUGAAACCCAAUCUGGUAGCUCCGGGAAAUUCUAUAUGGGCUGCUUGGAGUUCUCUUGCUACUGAUUCAGAUGAAUUUCUAGGUGAGAAUUUUGCAAUGAUGUCUGGCACAAGCAUGGCUGCACCUCAUGUUGCUGGUCUUGCUGCACUAAUUAAGCAAAAGUUCCCCAAUUUCAGUCCUGCCGCCAUUGGAUCUGUUCUUUCCACCACAGCUUCUCUGUUUGACAACAAUGGGAAGCCAAUAAUGGCUCAGCGAUCGUAUCCCUCCCCUGAACUAAACCAAUCUCCGGCAACUCCCUUUGACAUGGGAAGUGGUUUUGUGAAUGCUACUGCAGCAUUGAAUCCUGGUUUGCUUUUUGAUUCUGGUUAUGAUGAUUACAUGUCAUUUCUAUGUGCUAUCAAUGGUUCAGCUCUGGCAGUGCUGAAGUACACCAGUCAAAGCUGCUGGAUGUAUAAUGCUACUGUGUAUGGCUCUGAUCUGAACUUGCCCUCAAUCACAAUAGCAAAGCUGAACCAAUCUAGAGUAGUGCAGAGAACAGUCCAAAACAUUGCUGGAAAUGAAACUUACAAUGUUGGUUGGAGUUCUCCAUAUGGGGUUUCAGUGAAAGUAUCUCCAACUCAAUUCUCUCUUGCCAGUGGGGAGAAACAAGUCUUGUCUGUGAUCUUUACCGCAACCAGUAACAGCUCUGCUGCCAGCUUUGGGAGGAUUGGACUGUUUGGUAGCCAAGGUCAUGUAGUCAACAUUCCAGUGUCGGUUAUCAUUAAAUAUCAUAACUUCACUAUGAGCUAACAGGGCUAGUGUCUUCUCUUCUUCAGUAAUUCAUUUAGAUUUUGCUGUAUUCUUCUAAUUUUGUCCUUUUAUUUUGAUUAUAAGGUGCAUUGAGCUAUGUUUUUAACUAGUUAUUAAGUUAUAUAGAUGUAACAAAUAGGUGAGAUGGGUUCCAUUAUA